AGUCAUUCAUGUUUACAUAGCAUCUCCAGGGUAGCUGAGGUUCUCGUUAAAAAUGGCGCCUUUUUAUGCCUCGGUCUUGCUAGGUGCCUUAUUCUGUGCCUCAGUGUCUUGCCAGAAUAAUUUUGAUGGCAAGCUAAAGAUGGAUAGUGCGUUUGUUAACAUCAAGGCCAAUCUGAAUGAACCAAUCAGUGUGCUGGGAAUAUCAUCUAACUGUUACAAGUGCCCGCUACAGACACUUCAUUCUGAUGUCAUCACAAGUGCAAAUAUAACCGUUCCAACUCACUAUGACUACAUACUGGUUAUCUCUACAAGAAACGACUCAAGAUCAUGCAGUUUAAGGUAUCUGUAUGGGGAAUAUGGCUGGUAUGAGUAUACAGUACACAGAGACAACCAGGGGAAAAUAUCAUGUGAACUUAAAGUGACAAAAGAACCACACAAUGCUUAUAUACCGAUCCUCGUGGCUUUCAUUGUGCUUGCUGUUCUUGCUGUGUUGUGGGUCAUCUACUCGUUCAAUCAAGAAAAGUGUUCAGCGUGGUGUAGAAGACGCUUUUCGAGUUCUUCUGACGAAAAUGAAGCACAAAGAGAAGAACUUCCCAGGGAGGCAGUGGUCCUUCAUGAGUCUGGGUCUGUUGAGCGCAACACCACUGUCCACGCUGUUCAAAUCGAACCACAACCUGAUAAACCGACGAGAAAGCGUCUUAAAUCUUUAGAUACGUUUAGAGGGAUUGCAAUCACAGUCAUGAUUUUUGUCAACUUUGGCGGAGGUGGAUAUUACUUCUUUGAGCAUGCUGUAUGGAACGGCUUGCUGUUGGCGGAUGUCGUGUUUCCUUGGUUCAUAUGGAUCAUGGGUGUGUCAAUAACCCUUUCAUUCAAGUCCAUCAGAAGAAAGAAGAUGAAAUCUUCUCGUGUCCUGGUCAAGAUCAUUCGUCGCAGCAUUAUUCUCUUUGGCCUCGGCGUCUUCACCAGCAACUUUAAUGAUCUAAAGACGUACAGAGUUCCCGGCGUCCUGCAGAGGUUUGGUGCUUGUUAUUUCGUGGUUGCCGUAAUGCAGCUGUAUCUUCCACCACGCGAGGAACAACCCAAGCAGCGAUGGUUGGUUCCAUUUCGUGAUGUGGUCUCCCUGUGGAAGCAGUGGCUUGUCACGUCUAUAAUACUCAUCAUUUACCUGAUCGUUACCUAUGGAUUGAAAGUUGAGGGAUGUCCAAAGGGAUAUACUGGUCCCGGAGGUACAGGGGAGGGGUACCCUCUCUCUAGCCACUGUACCGGGGGAGUAGCCAACUACAUCGACAGGGAGUUCUUGGGGAGACACAUCUAUCAAUACCCUACCGUCAAGCAUUUGUACAAGACCACGAUCCCCCAUGACCCUGAAGGAUGUCUUGGUACACUUACGUCUAUUGUUCUUGUGUUCUUUGGCGUACAGGCUGGUCACAUUCUGCACACCUAUCCUGAUCACAAAUCAAGAAUCAUUCGAUGGACUAUCUGGGGAAUUCUGCUCGGAGUGAUAGGAAUAGGACUGUGUGGUGGUACACAAGAUGGAGGACCAAUCCCAAUCAACAAAAAUCUGUGGUCUUUGUCUUUCAUUUUGGUUACUGGGGCAACAUCAUUCAUUCUUCUGGUCAUUUGUUACGUCUUGACAGACACAUAUGGUUGGUGGAAUGGAGCGCCUUUCUUUUAUCCAGGCAUGAACUCCAUCCUGUUGUAUGUUGGACAUGGAAUUCUUUACAACAAUUUUCCAUUCAGCUGGAAAAUACAUAAUGAUGAAACACAUGCCGAGAAGCUGUCCAUGAAUCUGAUUGGAACAGCCUGCUGGCUCCUCAUCUCUUUCUACUUGUUUCAAAAGAAGUUUUUUCUCAAGAUUUAGUUUACAUUAGAGUCAGAUGUCUCAUAAGUUUCCAUAAAAACCACUAGUUUCUGGUUCAGUUCACAGGGGGCGUACCCAACCUUUUGCAAAGAAGAGGGUGCCCCUCUAUAUAAGUCAACAUAUAUCUUGCUUCAUAUCAUUAGUGCCUGAUCAUGCUUUAUUUAGCUCAGAGGGUAGUCAGGACAGAAAGUAGGAUUCUUAUACUCAUAUAAUGUUUUAUAUAAUCUUUCAUAAACAAUAUGUAGUAUUUCAAUAACGA